AUGCCACCCACAAUUCGCGUCAUCGGCUCCCUAAACGCCGAUAUGGUCUCAGUAACCCCCCGCUUCCCGGAUGCCGGCGAAACGAUCACCUCCUCCGCAUACUUCACCAGCGCAGGUGGAAAAGGCGCAAACCAAGCCGUUGCAUGCGGGCGUCUCUCCCGUUCCCAGCCUCAGCCUCAAUCGCAAUCGCAAUCGUCUACAAGCAUAACCCCCAGUGACGUCAAAGUCGAAAUGGUCGGUGCCGUCGGCGGACUCGACGGACACUUCGACGCCCUCCUAAACCCGACAUUAUCGAGGUCUGGUGUCGACACAGCGCGCGUGAAGGUCGUUGGAGAUGCGUAUACGGGUGUCGCCGUUAUAAUCGUGGACUCGUCGGCCGGGGGCGAGAACCGGAUUCUGUUUUCGCCGGGGGCGAAUUAUACAGGAAUGCAGGGUACACCGGAGGUGCUGGGUAUGGGGCUUGCGGCGCCUGUGCCUGAUGUCAUUGUCAUGCAGGGUGAGAUCCCUACGGAGACUACGGUGGGGAUUUUGAGGGCCGUGGGCAAUUUUAAGGAGCAGCAAAGGCGGGAUGGGAAGAAGGGGAUCGAGGCUGGCCCUGAGGUGAUUUUCAACCCUGCGCCUGCGCCGCCGGGGGGACUUCCGGAGGAUGUGUAUAAGGGGGUUGAUCAUUUUAUCAUGAAUGAGACGGAGGCGGAGCUGAUGACGCCUGCGGAGGAUGUGUUACUACGUGUUCCUGGGAUAGAGGCCUCGCAGGACGGGAAGGAGAAAGUUGCGAGGUAUUUCCACAGUCUUGGGGUGACCUAUGUGCUUGUGACACUGGGUGCGAAGGGGGUUUGGUAUAGUGCCGCGGAUGCGGGGAGUGCGGGAGAUCUUGCUGGGGGAGGAAUGGUUACGAAUGAGGUUCCUGCGGCGAAGGUGAGUAGGGUGCUUGAUACGACGGCGGCGGGAGAUACGUUUGUGGGGGCCUAUGCGGUUAAGGUUGCGCGGUGGCGCGAGAAACGGCGCGCGGAGGGGAAGGCUGGGGAGGACUUGACGGCGGAGGAGAAGGGGGUGCGGUAUGGGAAGGUUAUGGACGAGGCAAUGGAAGUUGCUACAAGGGCUUCGGCGCGGUGUGUGGAAAGACAGGGUGCUAUGGACAGUAUUCCUUGGGAGGAUGAGAUCUGA